AUGACCCAAUCCAUUCAAGACUUCGCCAAUUUACCCCUUGAUUACAUCGUCGUGGGUGGGGGCACCGCAGGUUUAGCAGUGGCAGUACGACUGAGCGAGGAUACCCAGGUCAACGUGGGAGUAAUCGAGGCGGGACCGUCCGCCCUGAACAGCGAUGAUGGGGCAAUCACAGUGCCCGGACGCUAUGGGGAAACCAUCGGAUCCGACUACGACUGGAAAUUCACGACAACUAUCCAGCCAGGACUAGGCGGGCGAUCGCUGCCCUGGCCGCGGGGACGCGUUCUUGGUGGCACCAGCGCGUUGAAUUUCAUGGCGUGGAAUCGCGGCCAUCGCAAGGACUACGAUGCUUGGGCUCAGCUGGGAAAUACCGGGUGGGGAUGGGACGACUUGCUUCCUUACUUUCGACGUAGCGAGACAUUUCACCCUCCCAGUGCCGCCCACCAGGAACAUUAUCACUCUGCUUAUCAGUCUGAAUUCAAUGGAACACAUGGUCCACUGCACACCACACACAUCAAGCAGUAUGGCCCAACACAUCAGUACUGGCACCAGACUCUGAACGCACUGGAUGUCCCUUCCAAUCCUGAAAGCCUUGCGGGCUCCAAUUGCGGGGUUUGGAAUCUGGUCUGCACGAUAAACCCCGAUACUCAAGAACGGAGCUAUGCUGCAUCGGCUUACUAUUUGCCUGUUGCAUCACGUCCCAAUCUGCAUGUUCUUACCGAGGCGACGGUUAUGAAAGUUCUCCUAGAGCAGAAAAAUUCCUGGGUCGCGACCGGUGUCAGAGUGCGACACGAUGGGGUCGUGAUGGAUAUCAAAGCUGCACGAGAGGUGAUCAUAAGCGCAGGUAGUAUACAGUCACCUCAGAUACUAGAACUUUCGGGAAUCGGGCGACGAGAUGUGCUUGAAGCUGCUGGCGUUGAAGUGAAGGUUGACAGUCCCAAUGUGGGAGAGAACUUGCAAGACCAUAUGAUGACUGCGACUAUUUUCGAAGUUCUCCCUACAUUGUCAUCUCGCGACGACAUCAUCAGCGACCCAAUCUUGAGCGAGGCUGCCGACCGUGCUUACCACGCUUCGCAGACAGGACCAUGGACAGUGAUGCCCUGCUCCGUCGCAUACUGCUCACUAUCACAAAUGAUUUCACCACAGGAAUUAUCCGAUCUAUCCUCUCGCGCUGAUGGAAUCGCACGGCAGACUGGACUAGCACGCGAUAGGCUUAUCGCUCAACAAUUCGGAUACAAUCGAGGCCAGAUCGAGUACAUAUUUGAUGUUGGAAACUGGAGUCCAUAUCACAAUUCCGAGCCUGGAAAGAAGUACGCGACUAUGCUUCAAAUGCUGCAGUAUCCAUUUUCUCGUGGAUCGAUCCAUAUUCCUCCCCGAACUGGAGAUUCUGAAGUUACGAUUGAUGACGAGCCCAUUAUUGAUCCACGGUAUUACUUAGAACAUGGAGCAAUUGACAAGAAGAUGAUGGCGUUGGGGCAGAGAAUGACUGAUCGGAUCUGCUCUACGGAGCCUCUUUCGAAGAUUAUCCUUGGUCGUGUAUUACCUCCGGUAGCGGAGCCAGGCCGUGAAGAACAAGCCCAUGAGGAUUUUGUGACGAAUUAUACUGUCACGGACUGGCAUCCUGUCGGCACGUGUGCCAUGGGGGGCCGGGAGGGAAUAAAAACCGGGGUGGUUGAUGAACGUCUUCGGGUUUACGGGGUUCGUGGUCUGCGAGUUAUCGACGCAAGUAUCAUGCCGUUGCAGGUUGGAGCGCACAUACAGGCAACAGUCUACGCUAUUGCGGAGAAAGGAGCUGUGAUGAUUCGAGAGGACUGGUCUGACUCGACGUAA